GAGAGGUGGGGCAUCCUGGCAUCCACCUCACACUGACUGACACACACAUAAAAGGGAUUUAGGCACAGGCACUGACUGCCAAUCAGUGUUGGUGUGUCUAGAUACAGAGGAACAGCUGAUUCUUGCAGUUGUGCAGCUGCUACCCUGUGCUCGGGUAAAGAGCGAAAGACAAGAACAAAAAGAGAAAGAAGGGAACAAGCAGAACGAAGUAGAGACAUGCCGCAGAACGUGCUGCUGGAAGGGCCUGCCCCAUGGGGAUUUCGACUGUGUGGUGGCAAAGAUUUCAACCAACCUCUAACCAUCACAAGGGUGACUCCUGGCAGUAAGGCCUCACUGGUCAACCUGUGCCCGGGAGACGUCAUCCUGGCUAUUGAGGGAGUCCCAACAGAGGGAAUGACUCAUGCGGAGGCACAGAACAAGAUAAAAGAGACUACUAAUCAGCUGUGCCUCAAAAUAGAGAGGCCUGAAACCAAACUCUGGUCACCACAAGUCGUGGAGGAGGGCAAAGCACACCCAUUCAAAGUCAACCUGGAAGCAGAGCAACAAGACCUUGGCUAUUUCGAACACCAGUUUAAUGUCAGGCCAAAGCCCUUCACACCUGGGGGUCAAAGCAGAGAUAACAGAUCUCAGAGGGUGACGCCGAAUGUAGUUAAGGGGACCGCACCAGUUACUAAUCGCAGUCAGAUUGAAGCCCUGGCUCGUUCCACUCAGUAUAACUCCCCCAUUAACAUGUACUCAGAUGCCAAUCUAUCAGAAGCUCUACAGCACACUCAGUUAUCUGCUGUAGCUGAUAAACCAGGAACCAGUGGAAAAGCCCUGACAUCCAUUGAGGACUCUGAUGUGUACCGAAUGCUGCAGGAGGAUCAUGAAACUCCUCAUGAACCGCGCCAGUCUGGCUCCUUUAAGGCCCUGCAGGACUACAUAGAGAGUGACGGUACCAAGCCCUUGGUAACCAGAAGUGUCAAAGCUCCAGUGACGAAGCCCCAAGCAGCCUCAGCCACGCUACAGAAACUGCCUCUGUGUGACAAAUGUGGCAAUGGCAUUGUGGGUACCGUGGUCAAAGCCCGGGACAAGUUCCGCCACCCUGCGUGCUUUGUGUGCUCUGACUGUGGAAUGAACCUGAAGCAGAAAGGAUACUUCUUUGUGGAGGGACAGCUGUAUUGUGAGACUCACGCUCGAAUCCGAAUGAGGCCUCCCGAGGGACACGACCUGGUCACUGUGUACCCUAAUGCUUAAAAGACACUACAGCUCCAGUCUUCACUGCCUAUUGAUGCUGCAAUCCAUUGAAGCAUGCAGGAAUGUUUGUUGCUUGCUGAACCCUGGUCUGGCGUGUCUGCUCUAAGGGAAAUAUUUACAUUAUAAGAGAAUGCUUGCUUGACAGUUUGAGUGCCAUAGUGAGACACCAAAUAAGAAAAAGCAAGUGACUGAACAUAGUGUCAUUUUUGCAGUGCUGUUAUGUUAGAAUGACAAAACAGGUUCUUUCAGGUGUAACAUUUUGAUUCUUUUAAAAUGACAUUAUUUCUGUAAUGUAUGAAAAGCUGAUUUCAAACAAAUUCAAAUGUGCCAUCAAAUAUCUACAAGGUCAUAUUUAUUUGUUCCAGAAUUUUUGUAAUUGUAACUAUUAUUUCUUAACCUUAACACAUUAAUGUAAGAAACUACCAGUUUAAGAAAAACAAAAACCCACAAUGUCCUUAAAAAGACAGAGUAAAAAGUUUGAUAUGUGAAAAUGGACUCUAUGGACACUCUCUUCGUAGCCAUAUAAGCUUUUAAUAAUUAACCAAAACAGUGUUAGUGAAAUGUUUUGUAAACAAGUUAUGAUAGUUGGGAGAUCAUGUGAUAUAUAUAGCAAAGUCCUCUCACACCCCAUUGCCAACAGUGAAAGAUCCCGCAGUAAUUGACUAUUACUGUUUUAUAAUAAAGAUUUUGAGAUUUGUUUUUACCACUUACUGGAGCUCAGUAUACAGGGCAGAGUUCAUUUCUAAUCUGGACUAAUUCCUCUUUAUAUAACUGGAGGUGGUCAGCCCUCAAUUGGGUUAUUUAGCUACUAGGCCUGCUGCACUACAUAGCUCUGUCCACAGGGUGGCAGUAUUACAGCCUGAAUAUGUUGUAAUUAAAAUCACCAAAACAUUUACAAAAUAGUUACUUUGGGUGUUUUUAUUACAUGAUCGAUGAAAGCGCAUGCACUAAACAACAAACUUUGAGAAGGCAGGGCAAUAUUGUCUUCUAGAUACAGCCUCAGCUUCCGUAUACAUGUUCUGCAAGUGAAAAUGUUCCACACAUGCAAAGUUAUGAUAUGCAAUCUCUUUUGCAAAUCUGACCACAGUGAGCUCUGUUGCCUUGUCCUGCUUUGCUGCCGUAUCUUUUAAACUGACAACAUACUUCAGAACAUAAUAAUGAUGAGAAGAUAAAAGAUGUUUGUAAGAAAAGUAUGACAUGUAUGGUUUACUUUUGUGCACCUCCAACCACAAUAACAUUCUUGUCUGGCAUUGAAAUUAUACUUGCAUCAGUACGUUGCCAGAAGAUAGAAUUCAUCUUCAGUUUUCCAAGAGCAUCAUCAAAUGGCUCAGGCCAGACAUCGCCACUUAAUAUGCCAUUACAGAGGGGACUUGAUUGUAGUUGGUGGCGUUCACAAACCUGCAAACAGAACAGUGAAAAUGUCCGUAAUUUAUUAUCCUGCCUUGGCUGACGUCCUGCAAAGAUCAUGUUAGAUAAAGAGCCAGUUUAACAAAUGCGGUGGUGAAAGGUCAGUCUGCUUAAAGAUGCCUAAAAGUUAGCCAAGUGUGAUUUCCUCACACAGUGAAUGUUAGUUACAUGUGGUAAUUAAAUCUACAUACGCCUAACCAAUUCAUACCAGAUAUCAGCUGUCAAACAUCUGUAAUGCUCCACUGUAAUGCGCCACUAUUGCAAUGGAAUAUUUAAAUGCAAUUUUCUCCUUUUUUAAUUUAUGUUUAACCAGACUUUAAAUUGCUGUAUACUACAGUGCCGGUACAUUCUUGAAUCUGAUUGGACAGAAGGUGUUUAUUAAUUUUCUGUAACAGCAUCUCUGACAGUUGUUCCAGCUGUAACUCAAAUCACAAGUUUAUAUUAAUGUGCUCUUUCUAAUACUGUAUUUUACCGUUUCUAUAGUAACAACUCAUUCACAGGGACUUGCAUGGCAGAUACUCCACAUAAUCUAAGUUUAAUAAUAAACAGCUUAAAAAUGUGGUGUUAUUUAACAAAUAAAAAUGUAUAAUCAAAA